AUGAUCAGCGCAUCGUCUUCGCAGAGUUUGCUUGCUCGCACGGCGCUGCGUGGUGCAGCUGCCUCCAGCAGAGUCGCUGCGGUCCGGCUUGCAGCCCGUCCAGCCUCGAUCGCCAUCGCCGACAAAGCUUCUCACCACCCCAGCAGAAGCUUCUCCGCCUCGCCUCUUUCUCGUCAGGCGACCGAAGUCGAAAUCCCAACCAAGGCGGUAGAGGCAGAAGUCGAGACUCCCGCUGCCGACAUCGACAACGACAUCGACGACUUGCCUCCAUCCGAAGAAGCCGGAUUCGAGCAAAGCCUGUCCGAACUCCCCACCUCAGGCCGCAAGAGGAGGGGCAAAGUAAGCACCGACGCCGACAAGGCCAAGCUCCUGCUCAAGUGGGGCUGGUUCGAGGAGAGGGGCUCUCACAAAGCCAAAGCGUUGAUCCGCAGCUUCAGGAAUGGAAACUUCCCGGACUGGCUCCGACCAAAGUACGAAGAGGUCAAGGGCUUCCGUUCGGCUCGUGCACGACUUUGGUCGCCUACCGUCGACGAUCUCCGCGCCGUAGCUGGGCCCGACGCCGAAAUCAAUGAUGCGGAAGCGUGGAUCGAAGCCGAGAUGGAGGCGCACCGCGCUAAGCUUAGCACGUCCAGGCAGAACAGGAAGGGCGGCCUGUCGGAAGCCGACCUGUGGGAUAGGAUGGACUACGAGCGACAGGUCGAUUUCGCGCUGCGUCCGCUGUGGGAGAAGAUGGCCGAGGAGCAGCGCAGCGCCGCUCUGCUCCGAUCGAGGUUCGAUAGCGUUCGCAAGCUAGGAUGGAGGCAAGGGUAUUCGUCGGGCUAUCCCCGACCUGAGGGCGAGAGCUCGCAUCUGCCAGCUAAGCUCGGUGUAGCAGGUGACGAAGGAUGGGCUGCCUUCCGCGAGCUCCAGAAGGCCGAGGAGAAGGAAGCUUGGGCGGCGUGGCUGCAGCUUUCGCCCCAAGAACGCGAGGCGGAAGAAAAGGCGGCGUGGAAGCUGCGUGAUCGAUCGCAGAUCUACAUCGACGAUUCCGAGGACUCGUUCAUCCUGCGUCACCCUGCGCCUAGGUGGUACCCCGUCCCCGAACGUGCCGGUGAGCUCACGUUUUUGCCAAACACAAUCAUCAAGUUGGUCAAGAACCACACGCCGGAAGGCACCGAGUACGACGCGUUCAAAGCGACCUUCCGCGUACCCCUGUCGAUGCACAAGCACGCACUGCGCUCCUACCUGCUCUCCAUCUACGGGUUGAAGACUACCUGGGCGCGGUCGUCGAUCUACCGCUCCACCGUCACGCGCGACAACCGCACGGGCAAAGUCAUCACAGGUCAAGGACGAACGUACAAGAAAGUGGAAGUUGGACUGUUGGAGCCGUUCCUGUUCCCCGAGAUCUCACCCGAGUUCCAGAAGCAGCACCUCUUGACGUCCGAGUUGGACUACGAGCGCAGCCGCGUGUAUCUCAAGAUGACCAAGACGACGCGAUGGAGGGGGAAGAAGUCGACCGAGCAGUACGAGCAGGAGAUUGCCAACAAGGAUCGGGCCAUGUAUCAUGGACUGGAUGCGCUGUCUUCGGAAGGCAUUGCAGGGGAUGCCAAGGUGAACGGGGAGAAGUUCCCGAGGUUCAUGGUCAAAACCAAGGGUCUGCCGAGUGCCAAGCAUGGCAAGAUCUUGGAGCUGUUGAGCAAGGAGAGGAGGGAGAAGGAGGAGAGGGUCGAGGCAUUGGUGAAGCAAUACAAGAGCGAGGCCGCCGCGGCGGCGGCGGCACAGCAGGCAGAGCAGGCCAAGCAGCAGCAGAAGACAGCAUAG